AUGCCCCGAAGAAAAGGCUUGGAGAAUCACACUGUUGGAUCUGGAUUCAUUCUUGUGGGGUUUUCUGACCUGCCCGGCCUGCAGGGCCUGUGCUUCACAGUCCUCCUGGUAAUCUACCUUGUGGUCCUCAUAGGGAACAGCCUGACUGCUCUCAUCACAGUGGUGGACUCAAGCCUUCACAGCCCCAUGUAUUUCUUUCUGAGGAACUUGUCCUUCCUGGAGAUCUGCUACACGUCGGUCACUCUGCCAAAAAUGCUGGUGGGUUUCCUGAGGGAAGAUGGCAGGAUCUCCUUCCUUGGCUGUGCUGCCCAGCUGUAUUUCCUGGUUUUGCUGGGCAGCAUCGAAUGCCUACUCCUGGCUGCCAUGGCCUACGACCGCUACAUAGCCAUAUGUGACUCCCUGCACUAUACCCUGACCAUGAGCAGGGUGCUCUGCAUCAGACUGGUGGUGGGGUCAUGGGUGGCUGUCGUACCAGUGCAAGUAGGACAGACCUACCAGGUGUUCACUUUACCCUUCUGUGCAUCCCAUGACCUUAACCACUUUUUCUGUGAUGUCCCCCCCCUGCUAGAACUGGCUUGUGCAGACACUUUCUGGAACCAUGUGAUGCUGUACACCAUCAUCGUGGUAUUUGCAGUCCUUCCUGCCUCCUUCAUAUUUAUUUCUUACAUUGCAAUUAUCAGGGCAAUUCUGAAAAUGCCUUCAGUUCUGGGCAGACACAAAGCUUUCUCCACCUGCUCUUCACACCUCGGGGUGGUGAUGCUCUUCUAUGGCUCAGCCACAGUCGUCUACUUAAAGCGACAGUCAAAGGAUUCCAUAGACACUGAUAAAUACUUUGCCCUGUUUUACACAAUUGUGACUCCCAUGUUCAACCCUGUCAUCUAUAGCCUGAGGAAUAAGGAAGUGAGAAUUGCCUUGAAGAGACUCCUACGGACAAAGUGA